AUGCUAGGAGUAUCCCGCUUCACGCAAGUGAGGGAUGGGAUUCGAAGUCCUCUCCCACGUCAGCGAUCGAAGAUUAGAGACGCCGCCGCAUAUGCCAAGGAAAGCAAAAUUAGGUGGGCCGGACACGUGAUGCGUUUCAACGACAACCGUUGGACUAGAGCCGUAAGUGAGUGGAUACCACGCGACAUCAAACGCACCGCAGAAACGCCGCCGACCCAAGAGUCAGACUUGUUCACAAAGUCCUCCAAAGAAAAAUUUGAUGCUCUUUGUGUUCCACGCGAAAGGAGGAACGACUGGGCAACUCUGGUAGGCGAUCGGGGCAAAUGGAAGAAUUACUGGCGACCGCUCGACCAUUUCGAAGAUCAACAGGUGAUCAAGGUGAUGAAAUAA